ACCGCCUCCUUUGCCGUCGCCCGGCAACGCCCAAGCUGCGAGGGCCCGGCCCGGCCCGGCGCGUUGCUCGGCCCAUCCCGUCCCGUCCCAGCGCUGCUGGGCCCCGCAGCUCAGGCCGGCCGCUCCACGCAGCGAGCUCCAUGGCGCACAGCCGCACCGACCCGGCGCAGUCGUGCAACUUCGUAGCGCGGGACAACUGCUGGAAAAAAUACAUUGAGAGUGAACUAGAAGCUGCAAGAAGAUGGUCUCACAAAUGGGGAUUCUUGAAAACACCUCUUGAAGAGUUGAUUGAAGAUGAAAAGAAUAAAAGUACAAAGCCCAAGAUACAGCUUCCAGAACAUCUUCAGGUUCGACCUGUGACACCUGUGGAAAAAUACAUUAAGGUGAUUCCAUCUCCUCCAGUACCAAAGACUACCCAGGGAUUUAUUGGCUGGAGAUCAGCUGUUCCAGGGUUGGAACUUGAACAUGGUUUUCAAAUCCAAAGCUGCAAAGGUACCUUUUUUAAGGAUUUGAAGUGGCCAUGUGAGCCCUCUGACUGACAUUAAGGAAUAAGUUAGGCACAUAGAUCCAUUUGCAUCCCUAAGUUAAUGUUCUAUAGUGGACUGUUGGAUUGUUAAACAUUGAUGCUUUAAAAAUUAUUCAUGUAAACAUCCACAAUCGUUUUGAAGUGCGAACAUUUUAAUGUAGCAUUUUACUUGUUACUGAUUUUUUGAAAUCUAUGGCAUCCGAGCUGUUAACUCUGCUUCAGGUUUACUUAGAAGUAACAAUUAAUAAACUCAUAAAGAU